GGUUGCAAUUGUGGGGGCUGGGGUCAGUGGCCUGGCCUCCAUCAAGUGCUGCCUGGAGGAAGGCCUGGAGCCCACCUGCUUCGAGAGGAGUGAUGACCUUGGGGGGCUGUGGAGAUUCACAUUUAAAGUGCCUCUCCACCACAUUCCUGUUGUGCAGGACCACUUAAAGCCUUGUUUCUCAAACCACGGUCCAUGGACCAGCAGAACAUGUCGAAGAAGGCAGAGCCAGCCUCUACAAGUCCGUGGUUUCCAACAGCUGCAAGGAGAUGUCCUGUUACUCAGACUUUCCAUUCCCAGAAGAUUAUCCAAACUAUGUGCCUAAUGCCCAGUUCCUGGAAUAUCUCAAAAUGUAUGCAAACCACUUCAACCUUCUGAAAUGCAUUCAAUUCAAGACUAAAGUGUGCAGUGUAACUAAGCGCCCAGAUUUCACUGUCACCGGACAAUGGGAUGUGGUUACCCUGCGUGAAGGGAGGCAAGAGUCCACUGUCUUUGAUGCUGUCAUGGUCUGUACUGGUUUGCUUACUCACCCAAAUUUGCCACUGGACUCCUUUCCAGGUAUAAAUACAUUCAAAGGCCAAUACUUUCAUAGCCGACAGUAUAAACAUCCAGACAUAUUUAAGGACAAGAGAGUUCUUGUGAUUGGAGCAGGAAAUUCUGGCGCAGACAUAGCUGUGGAGGCCAGCCAUGUGGCAAAAAAGGUGUUCCUCAGCACCACGGGAGGCGCAUGGGUGAUCAGCCGCGUCUGUGACUCGGGGUUGCCCUGGGACAUGGUGUUCACCACUCGAUUUCAGAGCAUGUUCAGAAAUUCCCUCCCAACAGCAGUUGUGACUUGGUGGAUGGCAAGAAAGAUGAACAGCUGGUUCAAUCAUGCAAAUUACGGCUUAGUCCUGAAAGACAGGACACAGCUGAAAGAGUACGUGAUAAAUGACGAGCUCCCAGGCCGCAUCAUCACUGGGAGAGUGCUCAUCAAGCCAAGUGUGAAGGAGGUGAAGGAAGACUCAGUCAUAUUUAGCGGCCCCCCAGAGGAACAGCCCAUCGACAUCAUUGUCUUCGCCACUGGAUACACCUUUGCUUUUCCCUUCCUCGAUGAAACCGUGGUGAAAGUCGAAAAUGACCAGGCAUCGCUGUACAAGUACAUCUUCCCGGCACAUCUGGAAAAGCCAACCCUGGCUGUCAUUGGCCUCAUCGGCUCCUUAGGCUCCAUGAUACCCACAGGGGAAACGCAAGCUCGAUGGGCUGUUCGGGUCCUGAAAGGUGUGAAUAACUUACCACCUCGAAGUGUCAUGAGAGAAGAAGUUAAUGCAAGGAAAGAGAACAAGCCCACUGGGUUUGGCUUGCGCUACUCCAAAGCUUUACAGUCAGAUUACAUCCCAUACAUAGACGAGCUUCUGACUUAUAUCGAUGCCAAACCCAACCUGUUCUCUCUGCUCCUGACGGAUCCACGCCUGGCUCUGGCCGUCUUCUUUGGUCCGUGCACACCGUACCAGUUCCGCCUGACUGGCCCAGGAAAAUGGAAAGGAGCCAGAAAUGCCAUCUUGACCCAGUGGGACCGAACCAUCAAGGCCACCAAAACUCGCACUGUACAUGAAUCCCCAUUUCCCUUUGCGAGCUUACUCACUGUCUUUCUGGUUUUACUUGUGGCCAUUUUCCUGUUUUGCCUGUAA